UCUUAUUGAACUCAUGUUUCUGUGUUCCCAAUUGUAGAACAACAACACACAUCUUGACAUAAGAACUCUCUUGUUCUGUUUCUUAUCCUGUUUCAAGAAUUCGUUUUUCUUGAUUUCUGUUGGAAGAUGAAUCUGAAUAUAAAGCACAUGGGCAAAAUGAUCUAUCAAGAUUCAAGUAGGACAGAAGAAGAAGAAGACCUUGUUGAAGGAGUUUCAAGAUCAAUGUUAGAAGCUGAAACAUUCUCCGGGGAAGAAAAAGAUUUGUCAUCUUGUUCAUUAUCUUCCAUGUGUUCAUCUGAUUUAACAGAGGAGGAUGAUGAUGCUUCUUCAUCUUUUUCAAAUGGACCUCUUGAAGAUCUCUCUGACCUCAUGUUACACCUCCCAAUCAAGAGGGGAUUGUCAAAGUUUUAUGAAGGAAAAUCUCAAUCAUUCACAUCACUAGCAAAUGUUAAAAGUCUUGAAGAUCUUAUGAAGAGAGGUUUUAAAAAUACAAGUAAUAAAGCAAGAAGAAAGGCAUGUAAGAGCACCGGAGAAAUAAUAGAUCAAAGCUACAAAAGGGUUUAUAGCCCAAAAGCUACAAUCUCCAAGAAAGCCAACAAAACACCUUCUUUUGUUCUCUCUUCUCUAGCCAGGAAAAAACUUUAGAUCCGAGAGGAACAUUAGUCUUUCUUUUAUUUUUAUUUUUUAAAUCCUUUUUACGAUUCACCAAAUCGGUUUCAGUAACAUGACCAAAAAUAAAACAUGUUCACCUUAAAUCUUAAGCCUGUAAGAAAGAUAUUCCCAGUGUCUUAAACGUGUAGAAAAGUUAAAUAUUUGUACACC